UAACUAAAAACCCCCAAACUGGACCAGGAAGGAUGUCCAUGUUCCCAUUUUGGUGAAUCUACGUUGUCAAAUAAGGUAAAUUUGAGUACAUGAAAGGCAAGCAUGGCUGGGAGUGGUCUGCAGCGCUGGGGACCACCACCCCAAAUCACCCCACGGCCCCUCCUCAUGCCGCCGCACCUGCUUGUGACCACGUCUCUUUGCUUUCAGGGUGGAGGAAGACCUUUGUGCCAGUGGAAGAAGUGCACGUCACGCUGGACGCGGACACGGCGCACCCACGGCUCAUCCUCUCGGAUGGUGGGAAGAGCGUACGGUGGGGAGUCACGCGGCAAGAGGUGCCAGAUAACCCCGAGAGAUACGACUACUGGUGCUGCGUCCUGGGCCAGGAGGGAUUCACCUCCGGGAGAUACUUCUGGGAUGUGGAUGUGGGGAUGGAGGAAGGAGGGGUCUGGGCACUGGGGGUGGCCAAGGAGUCCACUAAGAGGAAGGGAAAGAUCAAGCUGGAUCCUGAAAAUGGGAUCUGGGCUAUUGAACACAGCAGGGGCAAGUAUAGGGCUCUGACCUUCCCUCAUCGCUUAGCUCUUACACUCACCCAGAGACCCCAGACAAUUCGGGUUUCCCUGGACAUUGAGGCACAGAAGGUAGCCUUCUUCAACGCUGACAACCAAGACCUGCUCUACACCUUCCCAAUGGGCCCCUUGAGUGGGGAGAGGAUCCGUCCCUGGUUCCAGGUGGAGCUGACCGCUCAACUCACCCUGAAGUCACCUCCUUCGCCCCCACGCGUCCCCAGCAAGGAGUAGCCUCUGCUCCCUUCCUGCAUCCCCCUGCCGACCCUCCCCACGGGACGACGGGCCCCGCGCACGCCGACAGCAGGACAUGACCAAGACGGGGAAAUCCAUGCUGCUGUCCACGAGCAGCCAUGAUCAAUGCCCAAGGCUCUGCCGGCUGCGUCGUGCCACCAGGGCGCCCCGAGACUCUCCCAGGGAAGCCAUGGCGGCCCCCCCACCUGAGCAGAGCUAUCCCCGCUCCUGCUGGAGCCUGCGACAAGAUGUAGCCGUGGCUAAGGCACAUUCGCCUCUCCUAAGGUGAUGUCUCCAAGCAAGGCGCUUCCGCUGAGACGCCCUUGUGCUUCUGCUACGGGCAGAGUCCGACCCAACCAGGCUGUUGGGACCCGAGGGCGUCAGAACCCCCCUGAGAUAGGGAAGAGAAACCCCCCAGUGCCAGAACCGAGAUGAGAGUCUGGGGAGAAGGAGCCGCACAUCUCCACCCUCUUCCUCUCUACUUCACCUCCAGCCCCCAAAGCCUCAUCAAACGGGGCCAGUUGAAGGGCUGGGGGUGGUCUCUGGCCAGGCGCUCAGUUCCUGACAUCUACCACCUCCCCACGCAUUCCAAUGUACUCAUAAAAUAGGCUUUUUCUAUAAAAAUUCUCUCCUUGA